GAUGAAAGAGAUCCAUCAAAGAUUCCAUCUAUCUGUCAAAUUUUGUCUCCCUUUCUGUAUCAUGCAAGUGAGAUAUUCUUCUUCUUCCUUCGAACAUUGGAAAUCUUUCAAUCAAUAGAAAUCGUAUUGGAGAGCAUAUCAUUUAUCCUUCAGGAGAUUGUCAUCUAGAUUUAACAUUGGAAAUCUUUAUUUCCAAGUUUCAAGGAGGUUUCUAAUGAAACCAUUUCUCAUGGCCUCACGAAUGGCAAUCUCUUUCAAUACAACGCAAAAAAAAAAAACAAUGAAAAAUCUUAACACUGUUGGUUCAUCUAGACAGCCAAAAGGUUUAAUUAUGUUCACUAGCUACAGAGUAACUGGGAUUUUGGAUCUUAUAUAGAAAUUUAUCUUAGAGAAAAUAUUUUAUUCUAAAAAUAAGUCUGCGCUUUCAAAACACCUAUUAAAAUCUAGUAAUUAUAUUAUAAACAAAAGGAUAAAAGCCAGAAUUUUGUUUUCUUGUUUAAUGUCUUAACAGAAAACUCAAUUAUACAAAAAGGCGAUUCACGAGACAGAAAAGAACAAAAGAGCUUUCUGAAAGACCUUAUGUUUAUGUCUCUUGUAUAUCAAUAACAAACAAAAACCUCUUUCAACUUUAGAAAACAAGCUCCAGGAUGUCUUCUCUUCUCUUCCUCAUCUCCAUUGCCUUAACCAUAACAUUCAAUAACCAUACUUCAAAGGCAGCAAAUCCAGCCGUAAGCUUCAAAGACAAUGUCCCUUGCAGGAAAAAUAAUUUCUUCUCAGUCUCAGAUUCCUAUAGGGAUCUUGAAUGCAGAUUCAGACAAGUGAAACCUAGUUUCAAACAGAAGACAAGAGGUCGUUAUCGCAGAGAAUCCCAUGUUUUAUGUCUUGGAAUCAAAAGGUGUUCAAGAAACGGGAAGAAUCAGAUAUUCUUGGCUGUAAAGAAGCAUCCAGAAAGGAAGUCCAGUCGGAAUCUGAAACAAAUUAGAAAAGAAAGUCAGGUUCACUUCCAACACAAGAAGCAACAAUCAUCAAGAUACAAAAAGCAAAAUAUAGGAGACAAGAAGUUAUUUUUCCCACCUCCAUGGUUUCUUCCUCCAAACCCAUUUGCGCCCCCACCUUCGAUUUUUCCACCAAACCCAUUUCAGCCACCGCCUCCUUCGAUAUUCCCUCCACUCCCAUUUCAACCUCCUCCUGCUCCACCUCCAUCAAUUUUCCCUCCAUUAUUUCCUCAGCCGCCUCCUGCUCCUCCUCCGUCUAUAUUCCCUCCAAUAUUUCCUCAGCCUCAGCCUUCUCCUCCUCCAUCUUUCUUCCCUCCCAACCCAUUUCAGCCUCGUCCUCCUCAGCCUCCUCCCACUCCUCCUCCAUCGUUCUUCCCUCCAAUAUUUCCUCCGCCUCCUGCUGCUCCACCGCCCUCUCCUCCAUCCUUUUUCCCUCCAAACCCAUUUCCUCCGCUGCCACCGAUAUUUCCAGGUCUAAAUCAACCACCACCACCACCUCCUCCUCCUCCUCCACCACCUCCGUCAAUAUUUCCAUUUCCUCCAUUCCCUUUCCUUCCACCACCACGCAACCCUGGCCCUCCUCCUGCUUUAUCUUCUUCAGCAAACAAACAACCUACUUAAGCGGACAAGAGUAUCAUAUAUAUAAACCAAGCUUUUUAUUUGAGAAAUGCACUGUGUUGUAUAUGUCAUUUAUGUGUUUAUACAAGGGUGAAGAAUAAAGAUGUGUUUUCUACUUCAUUUUUUCCUUUCCUUUUUAAAAUGUUACAAACCUACCUCA